GGACCCUUAGUAUGAUUCCACAUGUUAUAAGUAUGGAUUUAUGGGUUGGAAGGUGGUUCUAUGUCCAAGAACGGACUUAGAAGCCAAAACGACCGGUUCACCGGAAAAUAACCUUUUUGAGGUUAUUGGUAUUAACAUGGGUUUUAUGAUUAUAAAACCUUGUUAGGAACUUGUAAAGGGUGUUUCAAGUGAUUUCACAAAGUUGGAAAAGUCGCCGGAAUUGUCGCCGGAGUUGACCAAAAGUCGCCGGAGUUUCACCGGAGUUCAACCAAGAAGGGUAGAACUUCAUACGCUAGUUCAAGGUUGAAGCUAGGGCUUGCUACCUGCACCUUUUUACGGGUGACAUCAAAUCAAGGAAGACGUGAAAUGGAGGGCAGGCGAAUGCGGACCAGGAACAACCCGAGGGGGCAGGCGCCGGUAACAUCCCAAAGGAGAAGCCGGGCUGCAUCUCGGGGUUCAAGAGGAGGCCGUGGAGGCCGUGGAAGCCGUGGAGGUCAUCAAGCUCAAACUGUGAGUGAUGGCCAUGUAAGCUCGGUGUAUGAAACCAACACCGAGGACUAUGACUCAACCUACGUUCCGGAAACGGAGCAUGAGGAGACCCCGUAUGAUGGGGGUGACACAUACACCGAUGAUGACGACGAAGAGAGUGAUGCCAAGUUCGCUCAAAUGGGCGAGUUGCUUGAGUGGUAUCAAAAAGAAAAGCUGAGGAGAGACCUUAGGCGCCAAGCAAGGCGUGGCUCUCGUGGUGGUUCGGGUCAAGGGAGUCGGGGAGCUUCCGUGGCCACCCCAGCGGCGCCACAAGGUGGGCAUGAAGGAGGUUUUGUGGUAAGAAUCUCCAAAUACCUCAAGGAGGCUAGGGCCUUGGGGUGUAGGUCCUUUGACGGCACCGGCGACAUUACCGUUGCCGCCGAUUGGAUCAAGAAGGUGAAGGAUGCAUCGAGAGACAUGCAGAUUACUCCGGACGUGAAGCUAACUGUCGCUUCACGGCUACUUGAGGGGAUGGCUUCUACAUGGUGGGAAGGUGUAGAAGGGAAAUACCGUGGGGACAUCUCAUGGGAAAAUUUUGAGCAAGAAUUUUAUGCUCAGUACUACUCCGAUUUCGAGGUUAAUGUGAAAAGGAGGGAGUAUACCAACCUCAAACAGAAAGAGGGUUGCACAGUUAAGCAACUGGAGCAAGAGUUCAGGACCUUGGCUAGGUUCUUACCGGAGUAUGCGAUCAAUGAGGACCGCAUGACUGAGCACUUCUGGGAUGCCUUACUCUUGGACAUCCGAGACCGUGCCACGUAUUCCCGCCUCAUGACCUUUAGUGAGGUGGUAGAACAGGGCAUGCUUGGAGAGGCCCAGUGGAAUGAGAGGAAGGCAAGGGACGCCGAAGAGGCGAAGAAGAGGAAGUGGAAUAAUUCGGGGCCACCCGAUCAUUCUCGAAGGAACAACCACGGGGGUGGUGGUGGUGGCGGUGGUUCAUUCAAGGCGCCGGCUCCACCGGCGAAGAAGAAUAGGGAUGCGAGGUGGCACGGACCUAGGCCACAGAACUCGGGGCCACCUAGAUGUCCCAAUUGCUCAAAACAACACUUUGGGAAGUGCAAUGAACCACCGAGGUGUUUUAAGUGCGGGAAUGCGGGCCAUAUGAAGGCCAAUUGCCCUCAUUUGAUGCAAGAGAGUGCCUCGGGAGCUGGGGGAGGGACCAUGACGGGAAGAAACCGUGCGGGCCCGUCAAACGGCGGUACGGGAAGAGGCAACGCAUCCACAAGUCAUGCCGCGUCCGUAAACCAAGGCGGGACCCAAGCACGAGUCUACGCGAUGACCGAGGCGGAUGCGAGAGCAAACCCGGACUCCGUUGCAGGUUGAAGCUAGGGCUUGCUACCUGCACCUUUUUACGGGUGACAUCAAAUCAAGGAAGACGUGGUUCGUGCUUCCUCAUUUAUUUCAAAUUUCCAAACAUUGCUCAUGGAUAUUUUUAUCUGUUAUAAACUAUUCUUUUGGGGCUUGCAUGCCCAUGUUAUUGGCCGGUUGUGGCUUAUGACUUACCGUUGAAUAUUUCCGCUAUUCAUUGGUUUAAAUGUGAUGUUGUUAUGUAUGUUUACUACUGAGUAUGGAUGGAUUAUUUUUCUCGAACGCCUUGUGUAAUCAAGUGAGGUUGACUCGCGGGUGACGUCACUUGAUUAUACGGCGGUUGUACACGCGCUUGGAUUGCGGUCUGGGGCGUGACAAUUUCACCCUUAUAUAUUUUGUUCUAUACUGCCUAGAAAAAUAUAUUAACAUAACAUGUAUGCGAAUGCAGAGUGUUUGAGUAUUUAAUUAAGGGUUUUUACUUUGGUUAAUCAUUUUGGGAGUAGUUUGAAUAUUUUGUAGAGUUUUAUAAACUUUCAGGCUGUUUAUUCUUUACCAAAAGCAAAAGUUCAAUUUGUUAGGGAAGUGGAGAUCUG